CCUGGGAAGUUAGAGGCCAACAUGGAUCUUCCCAUGGACAUCAGCUGAGCCUGGAGGCUUCACCCCUCGGGAGACCAUGGAAAGGGACAGGGGCCGGCUUAAGAAAGAGAAAAAGGAAAGUUAAGUGGCUUGUCCAAGGUCACACUGCUAGACCUAGGAUUGGGAUCCCGGUCUGACUGACUCCAAAGCCAGUGCUGUGAAUGGAAUGCCUCCCCAGCAAGGACGCCUCCAGCCCGGGCAUCCCCUGCCCGUGCAUCCCCGGCCCAUGCACCUCCAGCCCGGGUAUCACCUUCCAGGUCAUCGUCCGGCAGGUCAUCGUCUGCUAUGUCAACCUCCACGGCAUCGUCUCCGACGAGAAUAUACCUUGUUAGAGCCACGCCAGUGAGGGCGGUACCUGUCCGGGCAUCUCCUGUCAGGUCGACACGAGCCACCAGCACCACCAGGGCCACCAGGGAGAGCCCAGCCUCACACUCCCCUGAUGCUGCCCCACUCCUAGGUAUCAGCUUGCCCAAGUUCACCUGGCAGGAGGGCCUGAGUCGACUGCCGCUCAUCGGAUGUAUCCUCCUCUUCAUCGCCCUCGUGGUGUCGCUCAUUGUUCUCUAUGGGGGACGAGAGCCCCAGAGUCCAAGAGGGAAUGCAGUCUACUUCUGGAGGGGCCACACAGGGAUCAAGUACAAGGAGCCAGUAGAGAGCUGCCCCAAGCACGCUGUGCACUGUGAUGGGGUCGUGGACUGUAAGCUGAAGAGCGACGAGCUGGGCUGCAGUAAGGAGGCUGGGGUGAGGUUUGACUGGGACAAUUCUCUGCUUAAAGUCUACUCUGGAUCCUCCCACAAGUGGCUGCCCGUCUGCAGUGACAGCUGGAAUGACUCCUACUCGACGAAGACCUGCCAGCAGCUGGGUUUUGAGAGUGCUUACCGGACAACCAAGGUGGCCAAUAGGAAUUUUGACGGCAGUUUCUCAAUCUCCGAAUAUAACUCCACCAUCCAGGAGAGCAUCUACAAGUCUGAAUGCCCUUCCCAGCAGUAUGUCGCUCUCCAGUGUUCCCACUGUGGAAUGAGAGCCAUGACCGGGCGGAUCGUGGGAGGGGCGCUGGCUGCAGAGAGCAAAUGGCCUUGGCAAGUCAGUCUGCAGUACGCCCGCACCCACAUUUGCGGGGGCACACUGAUCGACACCCAGUGGGUUCUCACCGCUGCCCACUGCUUCUUUGUGACCCGGGAGAAGAUUCUGGAGGGCUGGAAGGUGUACGCGGGCACCAACAACCUGCACCAGCUGCCCGAGGCAGCCUCCGUCGCCCAGAUCAUCAUCAACAGCAACUACACGGAUGAGCAGGAUGACUACGACAUCGCCCUCAUGCGGCUCUCCAAGCCCCUGACCCUGUCCGCACAUGUCCACCCUGCCUGCCUCCCCAUGCACGGACAGACCUUCAGCCUCAAUGAGACCUGCUGGAUCACAGGCUUUGGCAAAACCAAGGAGACAAAUGAGAGGACAUCCCCCUUCCUCCGGGAGGUACAGGUCAACCUCAUCGAUUUCAAGAAGUGCAACGACUACUUGGUCUAUGACAGCUACCUUACCCCGAGGAUGAUGUGCGCGGGGGACCUGCAGGGAGGCAGAGACUCCUGCCAGGGAGACAGCGGGGGGCCCCUGGUCUGCGAGCAGAACAACCGCUGGUUCCUGGCUGGAGUCACCAGCUGGGGCACGGGCUGUGGCCAGAGAAACAAACCCGGCGUGUACACCAAGGUGACAGAAGUCCUGCACUGGAUACACAGCAAGAUGGAGAGUGAGGUGCGCUUCCGGAAAUCUUAAGCAGCUGCCCUGCUCCACCUCGCGGCACGGGCUGCUGUAAAGACUCUGGCCAAAGUGACCGGGCCAUACAUACCAUCCUCUGGGCCAAAGGCCACCAGACACCAUCGUUAUUGCUGCCUCCACGGUCUGCUGCCUCUGUGAAUACACACACGUGUGUGCAUGGGUACAUGUGAGUGUCACUGCUUCCCCAAGGUCUUCAGAAACCAGGAGAGUUGUCAGCUCUUCCCAAACCCCAGGCUGGACAGCACCUGAAGAUAACUGAGCACCAUGGAGGUUCCCACAGGGGUGUCCAUAACGGAUGGAGGAGGUAGAGCCCAGGGAAGGGCCUGGAAGGUCACAUCAGGAAUUCUUGCUUCUCUGACCUUGACUUGGAGACUAGUCCAGAAUGGGCAGCACCCCCUGGUGGCCCAGCCAUCACUGCCGUCAAGGGACAGUAACAGGUUUCAUGGAAUGCCUGGACUGUCCCUAGCGGGAAGAUAUUCCCACCGACCUUCUGCGCGUCCUUCCCCCUCUCAGCCCUCCUGCUGGGGCUGCGGAUGUGGAGGGGGCUGCACCAUGACUGUCCACACUGACAAUCUGGGACAGGGCUCAUUGUCCUCAUUUGGUCACAGGCUGCUGGAGGCAAAUUUCAUUUCAUUUUAUUUUUAUAUUCAAGAUAUAGAAGUAGAUCUGUUUUUAAAGAUUCUCCAAAAAUUCCAGGAGCAAAAGAAUCUAAAAAAAGAGUGGAUAUAUGUAUAUGUAUAACUGAUUUACUUUGCUGUACACCUGAAACUAACACAACAUUGUAAAUCAACUAUACUCCAAUAAAAAUUAAAAAAAAGAAAAUCCAGGAGCCAAGAGAGCUGACAUCAGUCACCACAAGAACUCCAAGGGACUCCUGGCAGCUGUGCCCCUCUGGAGUCCUGCAGAAUGGUCCUGCCCUCAAGGGGCUGGAAGAAGGGGCCCUUUGAGAUACUCAGGGAAGCAAAUCCACUUAGGCUGGUGGGCAGACCCAUCACAAAGAGAGCCACGACUGUUGCUGCAUCCAAGGACCACAGGAGCGUGAAGGAACUGAUGCUGCUUCUCUGUUGGCCCUGGAGCCUGGGAAAAUCCCUAUGGACAGGCAUCUCUGGUACCCAGGGCUGUCCUGGGACUUUGGAGUUUCUUCUUAGCUUUCAUCGUCUUUCACCUUCUCAGACACAGUGUUGCCAUGAAAACUGCCUCGGAGACAAAGCUGGCUCUGUCCCCAGGCCCUCCAAACUGCUUUUCUGAAGGAUCCUAGUUGCCCCUCCUGCGGGGCAUCAGUGUAUCUGGCCUCUGUGGCAGCUGAGAUCCUGGACCUUCCCCAUCCUUUUCUCUGGGGCACCUGAUCCUCCCACAAUUUCAUUCUCCUACCUUCCUUGGGCCUGUCUGGUGGUGCUACGACUCCUGGAGGUGGGGUCUGAGCAGAUCACCCCAGACCAGCUGAGGCAGGCGGCCGCUCGGGAGGUAGCCUGAUCUGGAAGAGCAGCUGGAGUUGGCUAGUGUGUCUGGGCAGGAUCUGAGGGGGCUAGUGAUGUGUUUUCAAGGCUAGGGUUUGGGGGACAGCAACAUUCACGUCCACAGCAUCCCCAGCAGUGAUCUUCAGCAAUAAAAGUUGUGUGACCUGAAAAAUUUGUCAUUGGAUAUUUUAAUGGUACCCUAGGUAGAAAACAGAUUAUCCACUCAGGUGUCCAGACAUCCCCAGUUUUGGUUCUUAGUUCUGGUUCCUUGGCUUUGGGUUCUGCUCAUUUAAUCAUACAUUCAUUUAUUUAUUUGUUCACCACCAUAUGGGUGCCUGCUCCGUACGAGGAACUUGUGCCAAGGCCAGGAGGUACAAAAACCACAAUGGUCUUCAGGAACUCAUGGUCAUGACCCAGCGUGAUGGAAGCUGUGAUUCAGUGUGGACAUCAUGCUUGGAACACAGCCAGCAGCCGCACCUAGAGAGGUCAGAGAAGGCUUCACAGGGUAGGUGGGUCUUCACCGAGUAGAUGGGUUGGGGGAAGAGAAGUCCAGUGCCUGUCCUUUUUCUCUCUUCCUCUGACUUUGCCAGCUCAGCAAAAGGCAUGUUUACAAAGAAGCCCCAAUGCUUACUCACCUGUUUCUAGGAGAAUUAGAUGGGCAGUCCCAGUGACCUUUUCUGAGAAAUCUAGCCCUUCUUGCUCUGCACGUACUUUUCCUGCAUUUAACGUACUGACCUCAACCAUUAUGAUCCCACGAUGACUGCCCAGCAACCCCAGCUCCCUCACCACACACACUCAUGCCUCUAGCCACGAGCACAGAAUUCUCCAGGCCUGCCCCCAUGGGCCUGACCUUUGGACACCCCAAGAUUGUUUAAUCUCCCCUGUCAGUGCCAGGGGAAAUCCUUCCUCCAAUUAUUUUCUUGCUCCACCUGCAUGACAAAGCAAGGGGAGAGGGCAGGUGCCAGGCUUACUGUAUUAGCAGUAGGGGUAACACAACUGCUGUCAUAGAUCCCACAGUUUCCCACAGUCUCAGUGGCUUGACCCAGUCAAAGUUUAUUUCUCACCUACCUAACAGUCCAAUGAGGGUGUCUGACCGAUGGGAGGCUUUCUUCCACAUGAUUUUUCAGGGACCCAGAUUCUUUCAGCCUAGUGACUUUGUCAUCUGCUUCCAACCAGUGGACAAAGGGAAGAAAAGAUGAAGAAAGCACAUCCACUUGUUAAAUGCACUGGCUCAGAAGUGAUACACAUCAUUUUCACUCAUAUUUUAUGGGUGUCAACAUGUCGCAUGGUAGCACCUAGGCCAAGUGGGAAAGGCACUAAGAAAGUCAAUCCCCGGGCAAUUCCCAUGCAAGAGUGAACACUUGUUUUGGAAGAUAACUGGCCAUCUCUGCCCCCCAGAGGAAGCUGGUCACAACCCAGAAGCCAGGCCUUGGGGAAGAGAGUUAGGGUUUAGGCCAUUUCUGUUCCUUUUUCCUUAGGAACAGACACUUUCCCUCCUCUCUUGGCUUCUUAGGGCAGAAAUUGAUUCGCAGGGGUGCAGAGGUGUGUGUGUUGGGCGGAGGUAAGAGAAAAAGCAGUAUCUAGAUGGGAAGAGAAAAAUAUUCCUUAGGCCCAGGACAUCUAUAGAGGCUAUAAAAAUCAUGGAGAGUGAGAGAUGGAAAUUCCGAAAGUGAUCCAGCAUCUCCAGGGAGAUGGGUGUGUGUACUGACGGGAGGUGUUGCUGGUGACACUGUCCUAUGGUCCUGGGAUCCCAGGAAUCUCCGGGUACCAGUCAAAUUCUCUGGCUUUGUCAACUUUGUUGAUGGCUGAAUUUCCCUGGAAUUUCCCUGGGGAAAGGGGGAGGAUGACGUGACUGUGUGGGAGGCGGGGCAGAUGAGGAUGCCUCUUUGGAGGAGGAGCCAGUUUCAGCCUCCUUGCCCAUCCAGCUGCCUCUGGGGUUUGGUUAGAUUCCCAAGAGCUAUUGUUUCCCAUAAUUGCUUAGCUGAUGUCCUGAUGCAGUUGGGAGGACAUUGGGAAGUGCACACGGAGAGCUCCUCGUCACAUUGAUGGUGAGGAUAAUGGCAGUCAUCGCGAGCCUUUGCUGAAUGUGUGCUGUGUGCCAGAUGCUGUGCUGAGCACCUGUUGUGUACUAUCUCCUGUGAGCAUGAAGUAGGCAUUGGUAUUAGCUCUAUUUUACGGCUGAGGACACAAGGCCAGGAGAAGUGAAAUAAGCUUCCCCCAAACUAACAGCUACUAAGUGGCAGAGCUGGACUUUGAAUCCAGGCUGUCUGAUUUUAAAAGCUGCUUUAAAAGCAGGUGGAGUCUUCCUAGCUGCCACCUCAUGGGGUCUGCCGUCUGGCUCUGUGGCUCUUUCCAUUCUCCACCAGGCCUGUGCUGUGGGGGGGCAGGGUGGGACACCUCCCCGGAGGAGGAUGGGCACAUCCCUCAGAGUGUCACAUGGACCAGAGCCUUAGACCAUGCAGUUUCUAGAACCUAGGACAAAUGCAUCAUGGAUGGGAGGAGGCCCCCGGCACCUCCCCCACCCCCGUCCCAAGUGGAUGGUUUCUGGGAGGCCCUCCUAUGCCAUGACCCACUGUGGCCCCAGGAUGCCUCCGUGUCUCCUCAAUGUGGGUGGGUGACUCUGAGAGGCGUGUGCCACUCAUUCCCUACCUCCUCUGCACUGGCCCAGGCUUCCUGUUCCUUGGAAGCUACCACCCACCCAGGGAGUUACCUCCACACUGGUCUUACGGUGGGCCCACCCAGGGAACAUGGAGGGCCGUGCUCUGUAAAUAAGCCACUGGGAUGGUCCAGGCAGGAGUCUUUGUUAGAUGAGUCCUUUGAGAAGGGGGGAGUAUGGCUUGGUCUUUGGUCUUCCAAGCUCAGUUCCUGCCAGCGAAAUCUGUGGGUAUAAUGAGCUGUCUCCUCUGUCCAAGUCCCAAGUCCCAGAAUUUCUUCACUCUUCAUACAGGGAAGGAGCUGGGAAUCUUCUUUGAAUAAUUCCUCCUAAUUACACUAUGUCGCAGUGGAGAGAGCCCUGGAGCUGAAAUCAAAGCAACCUGGAGGUGCAAAUUCCAGCUCAGCCACUUGUUUGGCUCUGUGGUCUUAGGCAAGACAAUCUGUGUUUCCUCCUGUGUGAGAUGGGUGUAUCUAGCCCACACAUUGUUGCAGGAUUAAGUGGGAGGAUGCGUGUAAACACAUGGGGCAAAGUGACUGACAUAUUAUGACCUCUCAACACAUGCUGAAUUUGCAACAAAUGGGCCAGAUCCUUCACCUCUGCAUCCCUUCACCCAACAAGUGAAAUAGGAGAGGGAAAUUUGGAUACAUCUUCAGGGCUUAGGAAAUUUGCCAUUUCUCUGCAUAAACUUUCCUCUUAGUCUCAUAGCAAUGGAUGGUCCUGCAUGGAGAUGACACUACCAUCUGGGGUAGAUGGCUUUCCCCUGCGGUAGGUGGCUUCUCUAAGUCAUGGAGAUUCACUGAAUUGAACUCACUCUGCUGUCUCAUCACUGAUGGGACCAGGAUGGCUUCCUGUCCCUGGUCCUGCUCUGGUGGCAUCUGACUGCUCAGCCAAAGGAGAUGACAGUUCAGGGCUGUGAGGGGACACACAUCCUUGUUCCUCGUGGACUCUCCCAUCCAUGGCCAUCUGGCUCCUGCCCCAUCACGUCAGUGAACCACUAUGUUGCCAGAUCUGAUGGAAGCUUUUUAGUCCUCAUCUUACUAGAGCUCUGGAAUUGCAACAUUUAACUACUGAGUACUUCCUACUUUGUGAAAUUGCCAUGGCUUCUGUGGUAUCCAGCUCUCCCAGUUCCCCACCGGCCCUCUUGCUGUUCCUUCUGUCUUCUACAAGCUCUGUAAAUGGUGUCCCCAGGACACCAGACUUCAGCUCUCUCCUCAGGGUAAAUGCUCACCCUGGGUCAUCUCCUCUACCCCUGGGUUUUCCACCUAACACUGGUGGAGCCAGUAGGAAUUUACUCCAUGUCAUUAAAGUAUAAGAAAUGUCAUGUUUCUUUUUAAAAGCAGAUUAAGAUCUGACUUUGAACUGCAGCAGCCUGGCUGGAAAACAUCUCUCAUAAUGUUCUUCCCCAGGAAGCUCAGCCCCAGGAGAGCGUGUCUACCACUCUCCAGGUGGGGUGCUCGGUCUGCAGCUGUAACGGGGACUCUCAGGGGAUUUUACGGGUGAAGGGAGAGGCCCACACACCCGCUGCUCUCUGUACCCCUAGUCUCAAGGCCCCCCCUCUCCCCAGGUCAGGCCCAGGCUGCUCCCCUCUCUUCAUCCCCCAAAGCCCUUCUCCUUGCAGACAACUCAGGCCUGUCUCUCUUGUGAACACUGCACAAAGGUCAAUAAAUUCCCUUUGGGGGUCAGUAAAUUCCCUGUGGGCUUAAAGCUGUCUUUCCCGAUGAGAUCACGGCAGAAUUCAAGAUAAGCAUAGAUCUCAAUGACCGUGUACAGAUGUUCAUGUGAACCUAAGUUUUCAUUACUCUAGGAUAAAUUGCUUUAGGUGAGAUUAUGGUUAUCCUAUGUUUAACUCUAUAAGAAAUUGCCAGGCUGUUUUCAGAGGGGCUGUCCCAUUUUGCAUUCACACCUGCGAUGUAAGAGUUCCAAUUGUUCCGUACCCGCACCAGUUCUUGGUGUUGUCAGUAUUUUUCAUUGUAGCCCCUCUAGCAGAUGUGCAGUGCUGUCUCAUUGUGGUUUCGGUUUGCAGGUCUCUAAUGACUAAUGAUGCUGAGCAUUUUUUAUAUGUUAUCUGCCAUCUACCUGCCCUCUUCAGUGACCCGUCUGUUCAGAUUUUUUGCCUGUUUGUUGGGUUGUUUCUUACUAUUGAGUUUUGAGGGUUCUUUAUAUAUUCCAGAUACUAGUCUUUGAUGAAUAUAUGACUUGUAAAUAUAUUCUCCCCAUGUGGCUUGUCUUUUCGUUCUCUUGUGUCCUUACAGAGCAAAAGUUUUUAAGUUGGUGAAUUCCAGUUUAUCGGUUUUGUUUUUCUUUUCUUUUAAGAUUGUGCUAAGAGUGCUUGGCCAAAUCCAAGCUCAAGAAGAUUUUUUUCUGAUAUUUUCUCUUAAGGAUUUUAUUGUUUUAUGUUUUACACUUGGACCUACAAUCCAUUUGGAGUUACUUUUUGGACACCAUUGAGUUACAGAUUGAGGUUCAUUUUUUGUCUAUGUCUUCAUUUGUUUGCAAAUAGAUGCCCAGUUGUUCUAGCACCAUUUGUCAUAAAGACUGUACUUUUCUCAUCCAAUUCCCUUUGCUUUUUUUCAAAAAUCAAUUGAGCAUAUUUGUGCAAGUAUAUUUUUAGACUUUCUAUUCUCUUCCAUUGAUCUGUGUGUCUAUCCUUCAUCAAUGCCACCCUGUCUAAAUUACUGCAGCUCUAUAGUAUGUCUUAAAGUUGGGUAGGGUAAAUCCUUCAAAUUUGUUCUUUUCAACAUUAUUUUGGUUAUUCUAGCUCUUUACAUUUCCGUAUAAGUUUUAGAACCAGCUUACUUAUACCUUUAAAGAAGGCUGUUGGAAUUUUGAUUGGGAUUGCUUUAAAUCUAGAAUCAAUUUGGAGAGAAUUAACAUAACUAUUUUUUAAAAAAUUCAUUUACUUAUUUAUUUACUUAUUGGCUGCGUUGAGUCUUUGUUGCUGCAUGUGGGCUUCCUCUAGUUGCAGUGAGCGGGAGUUACUCUUCGCUGCAGCACGCAGGCUUCUCACUGCGGUGGCUUCUCUUGUUGCGGAGCAUGGGCUCUAGGCAUGUGGGCUUCAGUAGCUGUGGCUUGUGGGCUCUAGAGCGCAGGCUCAGUAGUUAUGGCACAUGGCCUUAGUUGCUCUGUGGCAUGUGGGAUCUUCCCAGAACAGGGAUUAAACCCAUGUCCUCUGCAUUGGCAGGCAGAUUCUUAACCACUGUGCCACCAGGGAAGUCCAACAUGUUAACUAUUGAGUCUUCCAAACCAUGAACACAAUAUGUCUCUCCAUUUAUUUAGAUUUUCCUUGAUAUCCUUCAUCUAGCUUUUAUAGUUUUUAGCAAUACAGAAUCUGUUCCUAUUUCAUUACAUUUAUAGCUGAGUACUUAAAGGUAAACAAAAAUAAUGUUUUUAUUGAAAUGAUACUUUCUAAACAAAAAAAAGGCAGAAGAGUGGCAUUGUUUUCCAUUUCUGCAACUCUAAUGUCUGGCUUAAUAAAAUAGCUGGAUUCUCAUUUUUGCUUCCGUGUUCAAUCUGUUGUGACACGUUGUUUGGGUCGAAAUAUCUGAAGAAUUCAAUAUCAUACAGAUAGAGUUGGAAAGAGGAAACAUAUUUUAUCAGCCUUUUCAGAUAAUUGUGGCUAUAUUUUUUGAUCCUUGCUGUACUCACACUUGACAAGUGGCAGUUUCUUAAAGGUCAGUUGCAGUGUGGAGUCUAAAACCUAUCAAUGAACUUUUUUACUCAGUUACAUUAAAAUCUCUUGGUCUGUGUUGCAUUCUGAAUGGGUCUGUUUACCCAUGCCUAAUCUUGUAGCAUCAUGUAUUUAUCAUUUGAAAAAUACUGAUUGUGAGUUACGAACAUCUUGGACAUGCUGACACAUUUCAUUACAUAACAUCAAAAACAACAUGUAUUAAUAUUACCGCUGAUCUCUCAGAAAAGUGUUUAAGGAUUGGAAAUCAGUCAAGCUCAUGGGGAAAGAUGAAAAUUUUCCAACACCCUAAUUUUCAAUUGAGAGUUUAAAUUCUGUCCUUACCCACAAAUAUUGUCUGUUGCUGUCCUGUCCUUGCUGUGACAAGCUCAUUUUGUUCAUUUUUGAGAAAAUGAUUGCCAAUAUCAAGUCUGAAUAGUCAUUUCUCGGUCAAUCUUCAUUCAAAGAAAAAUGGUAUUUCAUGGAAAAAAGUGGCUAGUUCAGCUUGCAGCUCAAGAAUACUGGGUUGGCCAAAAAUUCAUUCCCAUAAGCCGUUACAGAAAAACCCAAACUUCUUGGUCAACCCAAUACAAGGCUUUUCCUGGAGACAACCUUAGUGCUUUGUGCAUACUUCCCAUUUUUUCACACUGAAUAUUAAAAAGAUGUAUUCAGGAUUGAGAUUAAAUAAAAGGAAUACUUUUCAAUAAUUCAUAAGGUCUACCACUUCAUCAAAGAUGUUCUUAAAUGAAACUGGCAGGUGUGUGCUGGUGACUACGCACAGUUUGGUGGCCUGGCCUUGAUUCAUGGUAAGGAGGCUGUAGUUUCACGCACCAUUGCUUUUGUACCAUUGGUAAAUGUCAACACAGUGAAAAAGGCAAAUGACAUCAUAGCAUUAUUAAGAAAAUAGUUUUGACACUGCUGAUCCCCUGAAAAUGUCUCAGGCACCUUCAGGGGUCCUCAGAUCACACUUUGAGGACUGCUGCAUUAGACCACACAGCAAGCCAAAAAGGGGAAAUCCACAGAUAUUGGUUUUGGAUAGCCACUUUCUGGAAAUUCCUCUAGAACUGGAACCUUACCCUCACUACUCACUUUCAGGGAAAAGUGAACAAUCUCUUUUGUGAAGGGGACUAAGGCUGGCAGCUUUAUGUGGUGCUGUUCCGUCUUGUGGAAGAAGAGGGAUACUAACUUAAAUGCAGUUUAAUGAAGAGCUCAGUUGGGGGGGGGAGAAAGAAGAGUGGUGGGGAAUUUGCAUUUUCUUAACUUCCUGGGCUUGAUGCAGCCCAGGUGAGUGCUCUAAGUCUCCUUACAAACACUUCCAUCAUUCUGCCCAGAAUUGGAGAAGCAUGGCCAAUAGCUUCAGUAAUGGAGAUGAAGUCUAGGUGGGGUCUGCUUUGUGGUUGGGGCUAGAGAUUAGAACUCCAUUGGAUUCUUCUCUGAUAAUCCUUCUAAUUGGACUAAUAGAUGCUCCAAAUUCUGUUGAAUUCAACAGACAAUCACUCACUAGUACAAGGACUACAUUAAGUGCUGGGAGCAGGACUUGCGGUUGGAGUGGAGGAUACACACCUAUAUCACGGUGUCCCCUCCCUGUCCCUUUCUACUCUGGUCUUUUUUUAAAAGUUUGAUUGUUUUUGUAAUUUUGUAAUUUAACUCUCACUACAGAAGCAUUUGAAAAAAUCCAAACAAUCCCCAAAAUUGUAAAAAUAAUGUAAAGGGUACCAUUUAUUUGCCAAGCAUAAACUCUCCACAUCAUCACAUAUUUUAUUAUCUCAUUUAAUCUCUCAACAACUAUUAUAAUAGUAGGUACAACUGCAAAGAAGAAAGUAAAAAUCACUUUAAAUCCCACCACCCAGAAGUAAAUAUGAUUCGCACUUGGGUAAAAUCUUUCUAGGACUCUCUCUAUGCAUCCAUAGAGAGAUCUACAAUUUUAUAUGAGUGGGAUCAUAUUAUACAGAUUAUUUUGCAUCUUGAUUUCCUUUUUCUCAACAAUAAGAGAGAAAAACCUUCCCCAAGGGGUUGGAUAUUAUCAUUUUUAGUGGUUGUAGAAUAUGCCCUUGUAUAGAUGUAUCGAUUUACUUAAUCUGUCAGUGGAUGUUUAAGUAGUUUCCAGAUUUUGAUAUUAUAAACACUAAUGCCAUAGAUUUCUUUGUGCAUGCUUCACUCUGAAGCAAUGAUCUCCUAAGGGUAAAUUCCUAUAAGUAGGGUUGUCUACAUAUUUAUCCAAAAUGCUAAAUUGUUUCUCAGAAGAGUUUAAUUAACUUCCAUAUCUGCACAGUGUCUAAGUCUGUUACCCCAUGCUUCAAGGAAUGCUAAAGGCAGACAUAAAAGUACACAUGAAUGUGUUCUUACAUGAAUACCUGUAUGUAUAUGUGAGAUGUCAACACUCACGAGGGGUUCAUUUAUUCAUUUAACAAAUAUUUCUGAGCAUCUACCAUGAAGCAGGUAGGGAUGGAACUGAGAGAAAUUCCAUAUGAUCACAGCUCUCAGGGACUCAAACAUACAUUUUUAAAAAAUUCUGUUGUAUGUGAAGAAAAGUUAUACAAAGAUAUGAAAAAUGUUGAUGAAAAAUUAAUCAACAAUCUAAGAAAGAAAUGGAAAAUUUUAUUUGCACCAGUCUGAGGAUUAUAACCUGGGAGAGAAUCUUUCCAAAAGCUCUGAGGACUGUUCCCCACUCCCCACCCAACACCACUAUUAGACAAAGGCUUAUAUGUUAAAGGAUUAUACAUCAGAGUAAUAUACUGACAGUUUACACAGUCCAGCAAGGUGAGUAGUUGGUCAUUGUGACCCCUCACAGGAUUAAGGAAGGAAUGUUAUCUCCUAAGGAGGUAACUCAAUGGCACCAGGAGGAAAUUUCUUUUCUUUCCUUUUCUUUUUUUCUUGGCUAAUAGGCAUUCCUGUGUCAUCUAAGGGGAAUCUAAUUAAUGUAUAGUGUAGAUGCACAAUGCACACUAAAGUGGCUCGAAUAGCAGAGACAAUUUUAUGUUAGAUUUUUUUCUUUCCCUGCCUUAAAAUAAUUUUAUUUUAUCACCACUUAUAAUUAGACUCUGCCCUGGUCUUGUGAUGGUGAUGGGAAUGGUAAGGAAAUCAGGGAAGGUUUCCUGGAAAAAGAGAUGUUAGAGUCUAGAUCUGAAGAGUGGGUAGGCAUUAACUAGACAAAGAGUAGUGAAACCAAGUCCCGCUAAAACCAAGUUUAUGAUUCAUCUCUCUAUCCAAAACUUUAUUCCUUUUUUUGUCCCCUCUGACCUCAGUUCUGUGCUAACUGAACAAUAAUCAGAGUCAGACUAAAAGUACUGUUGUCAAUAACAUAGUUAAUAUACUAAAAUUGCUAUUGCUGUUUCUGAACCAAACCUGUGUCUGCUUGCCCACUGCAUAGCGAAGCCAAUCUACUGACACCAGGUUGUGGUGAAGGAAAGUACAGUGUUUAUUGCAGGGCACCGAGCAAGGAGAAUGACAGCUCAUGCUCAAAAGACCUGAACUCCUUAAUGGUUUUCAGGCAAGAGUUUUUAAUGGCAACAUUUGGGGUGAGGGGUGCAGCUGAUGGACUUUCUUCUGACUGCUGCUGGUGAGGUAAUAGGGUGGUAUUCAAAGAAUCUUAAUCAUCAUCCUUCUGGUUCCGACCAUUCUGGGGUCUACAUGCUUGUGGUCAGCAUGUAGUCACCAUCCUCUACCCACAUAGGGGCUUAGUUUCUGCAGAACAACUCAAAGGCUUGUGUCGGACUGUUCUGUAUAUCCCUUGAGGAGGAACUAGGACUCUGCUCUAUCACUGAACUGUUAUCAUUACUUUCUUGCUUGACUGCUUUUCUUUUGUUUCUGCAUUCCCUCACUUCCCUAAUUAGGACCUACUUGAGUCUGUUCUUUGGAACUCAAGGAAGGCCUAGGAAACUAAAGCCUUUUCUACAAACAAGAAUCAGGGAACACGGAGGGCUUUUGAGGAGGGCCCUGCAGCAUCCUGCUGCAUUUCAUUGUCAAUAAUGUCAUUAAUAUACUAAAAUUGCUAUUAUAGGUACCAUCGUUAAAGUACAAACUCAGCUUGCUCCUCCAGGGCAACUUGAGCUAACAGAUCCCCAAGCCGUGGACCACCUGGCCAGACAAUUGUAAACCAGCGGCAUCCUGACUCCUGAAACUAUGAUUAAGAAAUAUCACAAGAUGAUGAUUAAUCUCAGUCUCUUUGUUCUCCUUUUUUAAAAACCGCUAGCUCAAAGAUCAAGUGGAAGUGAAUCUGAAGUUUGUGCUCGGUGCCCUGCAAUAAAUCCUUACUUUGAUGCAAACUUCUGCUGUCAGAGUUUGGCUUUCUGCACCAUAGACACACAAGCCUUUGCUCAGUUUCAGUAGGAGAAAGUGUGUUCCAGGCAGAGAAGGUUUCUGUCUGUUGUUCCACCUUCAGUGAGAACCAACUUGCCAGGAGAAUCUACUGCCAUUUCCCACUGUCAACUGGAAAAAAAAGCACAACCUGAAAGCUGAGAAUUAUGUUUUAUUCCGCAGACUUGCCGAGGACUUAAGGUCGGAAGACAGGGAAGAACCAGAAUGUAUAGGAGUUUUUGAAACAAAACCCUGGUAGUUGUAACAUCAAAAGAUUCUUGUUAAUUAAAGAAAAA